AUGCGUGUUAUACGAAAUCGAACGGAUGGCGCAUACUGUUUCGUUUUAUUCCAAAAUAGACUUCGUCUAGACGUCAACGAGGGUAAGAUGUCAGAUACUAGUAUCCAGGUACUGGAGGAGCGACAUGCUCUCAUAGAUGUUGAGGAGUACAACAUGACAGAUGAGUUCAUAGUUCCUAAGGAUACUGUUGGUCUGAUCAAAGGGCAAAGGAAGAUGAUUCAAGAGAGAUACCAUGUGAAGGUGAAGGAUGGACUGCAAGCACAUGACAGUGAAAAGAAUGCUCACGUGUGGAUUACUCUAAUAGGGGAAGAAAAUGAUCGUAAAGAAGCAAAAGAUUACAUCAUUUCAUUAUGCUCUCCUGAGCAGCGUGUGAAAAUGAAAUAUCCAAAAGCCCUUGCACAGAUAAUACAAGACCCAACAUGUCACGAGAGAGUGGAGAGACAGUCAAAAGCAGUAAUAGUAUUUGAUGAAAGUGAACAUUGUGCAAUCGUUUCUGGAUCAGAACUUGCAGUUACCCUUGCUAUGUCAGCCCUUGAGGAAGUUAUAUUCAACUUCAAACACAUGCUGGGGGAUGAAGAACAAGAAGAAACGGAAUAUUUCAACACAAGUGUUGCAUCAAACCGACUUGACAAAGAACUCCACAAAAUCUGUGACAAAAACAAUGACCUUGACAUUACCGAGUAUUCUUUCGCUGGGGAUGAUGUAAAAGCUGUGGUACUAGAAUGGGAUCACUAUGAUAAGGGAAAGGAAGGUCGUGUAGUGGAAGGCACUGAGGUGGAAGAUGGCGUCAUAUCAAACGAUCUUAUCAUAUUAGAUGAUACACUGACUCCUGAUAUAAGUGAACUUGAGAAAACUGUGAUUGAUAAUGAAUUCCAAGUCCAUAACAAGGAUAUGUCCACCCCUCUUAGGCCACCUGUCACUAAACCAUCCACCCCACGGAAAGAUUUAGUUGAAUUUAGUCUGCAAAAGGGAUAUUCUCAAGAGGAGAUAAACGAGGCCUGGGACAGUUUAGCAGAUGGGGAGAUUAGAAUGAGCAGCUUUUUAGGCUUGCUAGUGAAAAAUAGCAAAAAUAACAAAGAAAGGGAACAGAAGAAAAUUGCUCAAUCAAGUGCAUCAGGUAAAUCAAGACAAGAUAGUCUAAGAGAAGCAUUUCUAACCAGUUCAAAGGUAACUAGUACAGGCCAGGAGUGUGACCAGUCAGCUAGGCAAGACUGGUUGAAAGAUGCAUUUGAAAACUCUGGUUUGGAAGACACUUUAACUGAAGACAUUGUUGAUGGUAGAGGAGGAAAAAAGAAAGCAAAGCGGAAACGGGUGACAAGUGACUCCCCUAUUAGAUCCCAACAGGCCAAUGUCCAGAAGAAACCUGUCCGCAAAGUCUCUCCUGUAAGAGCCCCAAAAUCCAUACAGGAUGGCCUGCUCAAUAAACCAAAAUCACAUUCUCAACAAAAUAAAUUACCAGUGCAGCAGAAUCAAACUGCUUCCCAAAAACAAACUUUAUCAGUUAAGCCAAAACAAACUUCAUCGAUGGUCAAUACAGUGAUUCAUCCGAUUAAUGUGGCCUCUAUGCCUGAAACAGUGACUUCUGCUCAAAUUCAGCCUCAGACAAAUCUAAACAGAAUGAAGGGCACUUUUGAGACUGUACAAAAGUAUAAUCCGCCUCCAAGUGGCAAGAAAAACCUCCGGUACAUUGUAAUAGAUGGUAGUAAUGUGGCCAUGAGUCAUGGCAACAACAAGGUCUUCUCCUGCAGAGGUAUAGAAUUGUGUGUGGAGUACUUCAAGUCCAGGGGCCAUAAGAAUAUCACUGUGUUUGUGCCUAAUUGGAGGAAAGGAGGACGAAAUGUAAGGAUGCCGACCAAGGAUGGUGAUAUUCUUAUCAAGCUAGAGGAGGCAGGGAUGCUGACAUUCACACCAUCUCGUCAUAUUAAUGGAAAGAAUGUUGUGUGUUAUGAUGAUAGGUUCAUCAUCCGGCUAUCUGUGCGUACCAAGGGUAUCAUUGUUUCUAACGACAACUAUCGGGAUCUCAUAAAUGAUAGCAGAGAGUACAGCGAGGCCAUCCAGAAGAGGUUAUUGCUGUACUCAUUUGUUGGAGACAUGUUUAUGCCCCCUGAUGAUCCACUCGGGAGAAAUGGUCCAAAUUUAGAUGACUUCCUAUCAUUUCCUGAAAGAGAUUGUUACCAACAAGUUCCCUGCAGCAAUGUGACCAACAUGUACAGCCAGGGAACCUCAGGACAGUACAACAUUGGUUAUCACCAAGACAACACACCGCAGGUAGCGUAUACGAAUAAACAUGCUGUUGCAACAGGGAGUAGUAUGGAAACAUUAACAGGAAAGUCCUUAAAGGUUGAUUACCACCAUGGGAAGGCAGCAGGAGCUCCACUGACUGUUGACUACAACCAUAGCAUGCCAAGUAGUAGUGCGGGACCUCAUAAAGACACAUCGAUGAGGCCUCGGUACAAUCAUUACCCUGGUUCUCAUGGUGCAACUCGUAAGCCGGCCUCUGAGUACAAUGUACCUAACACACCAAAGUCACGUACUAUCACCGCUGACAAUGGUCGCAGCCCUCAACAGACAGAGACUCUUUACAAGGAGCUGAGUGGAAUAUUUAGUAAUAAUGGUGAUAUGGUGCGACGUGUGCUGACAAAUCAUCCAACAGAACAUGAUAUCAAUAAACUGUCACAGUAUAUCUGUGAUGCUGCUUUAUCAUAGGAUGGAGCAAUAAUUAUCCAACCAAACAAAGAUAUAGAGAAUAUGUCAAUCCGACCAUCUGUCAGGGUUAUUAACUCAAAUAGUGGUUGACGGAUUUGAUUCAAAUUUAUAAGCUUACAGUAUACCUACUGGGUGUAAGACC